AUGCAGCCGGCAAUGAUGAUGUUUUCUAGUAAAUACUGGACAAGAAGAGGGCUUUCUCUGGAUUCAGCAGUGCCUGAAGAGCAUCUGCUGCUUGGCAGCUCAACACUAAAUAAAACUAACGCUGGCAAAAAUGAUGAUAAAAAAGGCAACAAGGGAAGCAGCAAAAAUGACACUGCUACCGAGAGCGGCAAGAUGGCAGUUGUAUUCUCCUUGAAAAAUGAAGUUGGUGGAUUGGUCAAAGCACUGAAACUCUUUCAGGAAAAACAUGUCAACAUGGUUCAUAUCGAGUCCAGGAAAUCCCGGCGAAGAAGUUCGGAAGUUGAAAUCUUUGUGGACUGUGAGUGUGGCAAAACGGAAUUCAAUGAGCUCAUUCAGUCGCUGAAAUUUCAAACCACGAUCGUGACGCUGAAUCCGCCAGAGAACAUUUGGACAGAGGAAGAAGAGCUAGAGGAUGUGCCCUGGUUUCCCCGGAAGAUCUCUGAGUUAGACAAAUGUUCUCACAGAGUUCUCAUGUAUGGUUCUGAGCUGGAUGCCGAUCACCCAGGAUUUAAAGACAAUGUCUAUCGACAGAGAAGGAAGUAUUUUGUGGAUGUAGCCAUGGGUUAUAAAUAUGGUCAGCCCAUCCCCAGAGUGGAGUACACAGAGGAAGAAACUAAAACUUGGGGCGUUGUGUUCCGAGAGCUCUCCAAACUCUAUCCUACUCAUGCUUGCCGGGAGUAUUUGAAAAACUUCCCUCUGCUGACUAAAUACUGUGGCUACAGGGAGGACAACGUGCCCCAACUUGAAGACGUCUCGGUUUUCCUGAAAGAAAGGUCUGGCUUCACCGUGAGACCAGUGGCUGGAUACCUGAGUCCUCGAGACUUUCUGGCAGGACUGGCCUACAGAGUGUUCCACUGUACUCAAUACAUCCGCCAUGGCUCGGACCCCCUCUACACCCCGGAACCAGACACAUGUCACGAACUCCUGGGACAUGUCCCUCUACUUGCAGAUCCUAAGUUUGCCCAGUUUUCACAAGAAAUAGGCCUGGCAUCUCUGGGAGCAUCAGAUGAAGACGUUCAGAAACUAGCCACAUGCUAUUUCUUCACUAUUGAGUUUGGCCUUUGCAAGCAAGAAGGGCAACUGCGAGCCUAUGGAGCUGGACUGCUUUCCUCCAUUGGAGAAUUAAAGCAUGCUCUUUCUGACAAGGCAUGUGUGAAAGCCUUUGACCCAAAGACAACUUGCUUACAGGAAUGCCUUAUCACCACCUUCCAGGAAGCCUACUUUGUUUCAGAAAGUUUUGAAGAAGCCAAAGAAAAGAUGAGGGACUUUGCAAAGUCAAUUACCCGUCCCUUCUCCGUCUACUUCAAUCCCUACACACAGAGUGUUGAAAUUCUGAAAGACACCAGGAGCAUUGAAAACGUGGUGCAGGACCUCCGCAGCGAUUUGAACACCGUGUGUGAUGCCUUGAACAAAAUGAACGAAUAUCUGGGAAUUUGA